UUGGCUUCACUCUCUCUUUCGGCUACGUGCACUGUGGACUUGUGUGUGCUGAGCUUUACAGGGUAGAGUGUGUAGGUGCGUGUGAGGGAGCUAGUGCAAGUGCUUAGAGCUUCAGCAAGCUUAAGUUCACUUUUGUCUCAGUGUGCUUUCAGCUGAGGUGCUACUUUUACACGGAUCAGGACAAAAAAAGGGAGAAAAGAAAACAAGACAAGGGGACCAAGUAGAUACACAGCCUGAGGGCUUAGAAAAGACAACACACACACACACACACACACACACACACACACACACACACAGUUUUUAGAACUGAUUCUGGUGGUCAGUUUUUCUCAUGCCUGAGCUGACCAGUUCACCAAGAGGGAUGUGAUCGUUGUUACUUUUACACCCUGACUCUACACACAUCCAUACACCUGCUCCAUCCUCAGGUGCUGCUCUGAAGAUCUGGACCUCUGUUAAUAGCUGUGUAUCUUUGGGUUCAUCAUGGACUACGUUUGGGGGAUAGCAGUGCUACUGUGUGGGCUCUGGACACCGCAUAGAGGAGCCGAUGCUCAACGUGCCAAAAGCAACGUGCCCCGGCUCAAACUCUCCUACAAAGAAAUGUUGGAGUCGAACAACUUGUUUACUUUCAACGGACUGGCCAACAGCUCGGCCUACCACACAUUUUUACUGGAUGAGGAGAAGGGUCGACUUUUUGUAGGAGCAAAGGAUCACCUCCUGUCAUUCAACCUGAUAGACAUCAACAUGGACCAGCAAUCGAUAUCUUGGCCUCCAUCUUCGUCACAUCGGGACGAGUGCAGGUGGGCUGGAAAAGAUGUCCAGAAAGAGUGCUCAAAUUUUAUCAAGGUGUUGCAGCCAUUUAAUCACACUCACAUCUAUGCUUGUGGAACAGGGGCCUUCCACCCUGCCUGUGCUUAUGUGGAGGUGGGCAAACGGUCAGAGGACAACAUCUUCAGGCUGGAAUCGUCACACUUUGAGAACGGCCGAGGCAAAAGCCCCUAUGACCCCAAACUCACGACUGCUUCACUACUUAUUGAUGGUGAGCUGUAUUCUGGGACAGCAGCCGACUUCAUGGGGCGAGACUUUGCUGUUUUCCGAACGUUAGGAAAGCACCACCCAAUCAGGACGGAGCAGCACGAUUCCCGGUGGCUCAAUGAUCCUAGGUUUGUAGGCGUCCACCUCAUUCCCGAGAGCGAUAACCCUGAAGACGACAAGAUCUACAUGUUCUUCAGAGAGAACGCCAUUGAUGGAGAACAAACUGGCAAAGCCACACAUGCCAGAAUCGGACAGCUGUGUAAAAAUGACUUUGGAGGUCACAGGAGUUUGGUGAAUAAGUGGACCACGUUCCUGAAAGCUCGGCUCAUCUGCUCAGUCCCAGGCCUUAACGGAAUUGAUACACACUUUGAUGAACUGCAGGACGUUUUUCUGAUGAGCUCAAAGGACUCCAAGAAUCCUAUCAUCUAUGCAGUGUUCACAACAUCCAGUAAUAUCUUUAAAGGCUCAGCAGUGUGUAUGUACAGCAUGGCUGAUGUAAGAAGGGUGUUUUUGGGUCCCUAUGCUCACAGAGAUGGGCCCAACUAUCAGUGGGUGCCCUUUCUAGGCAGAGUUCCCUAUCCACGCCCUGGCACGUGUCCAAGUAAAACCUUUGGAGGGUUUGAGUCCACAAAGGAUCUACCUGAUGAUGUUAUCACUUUUGCCCGAAGUCAUCCAGCUAUGUACAACCCAGUGCUUCCCCUCAACAACCGCCCAAUCAUUAUCAAGACUGAUGUGGAUUACCAGUUCACACAGAUCGUUGUGGACCGAGUGGAGGCAGAAGAUGGACAGUAUGAUGUCAUGUUCAUUGGCACAGAUCUUGGCACAGUUCUUAAGGUGGUCUCAAUUCCCAGAGGCACUUGGCAUGACCUUGAGGAAGUUUUAUUGGAAGAGAUGACUGUGUUUAGGGAACCAACAGCUAUAACUGCUAUGGAGCUUUCCACCAAACAGCAACAGCUCUAUCUCGGCUCGAAUAUCGGUGUUUCCCAGAUGCCGCUGCACCGCUGUGACGUUUAUGGCAAGGCCUGCGCUGAAUGCUGUCUAGCACGAGACCCCUACUGUGCCUGGGAUGGCUCGCAGUGUUCCCGAUACUUCCCCACCGCUAAGAGGAGGACUCGGCGCCAGGACAUCAGGAACGGAGACCCUCUCACUCAGUGCUCAGACCUGCAGCACAAUGACGAGGAGAAUGGUGAGAGCACCCUGCUGGAUAAGACGGUGUAUGGGGUGGAGAACAGCAGCUCCUUCCUGGAGUGCAGCCCUAAGUCUCAGCGUGCUCUCAUCUACUGGCAGUUCCAGAGACAUGGAGAAAACCGCAAACAAGAGAUAAAAUCCGACGAGCGAGUACUGGGAACUGAACAGGGUCUACUAAUCCGAAGUCUUCUUCCGAAGGACUCGGGUGUGUAUUACUGCCACGCAGUGGAGCACGGUUUCAUCCAGACACUCCUGCGGCUGACGCUCCACGUCAUCCCCUCUGAUCACCUAGACGAUCUCAUACAACGGCCCCCUGCAGAAUCCAGCCGCUCCUCACAUGGCAAACUGUGGUACCAGGACUUCCUGUCUCUGAUCGACCCGCCCGGCCCUAACAGUGUGGACCAGCUGUGUGAGCAAGUGUGGAAGAAAGAGAGGAAGCAGCGGAGGCAAAAAGCCCAUCACCUACAUGCUAGCCAGUCACAUGCUGCCCAGCUUCUUCACACCAGCCAGUCCAACUCCAGCAAGUGGAAGCUCAUGCAGGAGAGCAAGAAAGGGCGCAAUCGUAGGACCCACGAGACACCGCGGGCACCUCGCAGUGUGUGACCUCAUGCUCAUAUGACUGCACACAUAAAUGUCAGAUAAAGAGAAAUGACUCUGACCAUUCUACUGACUGUGACUCCCAGAGGCACACACAGGAAAUGUGAAUACAAUAUUCCACCCCUCCUGUACAGAGAGUGUAUGUUGGUGGCAAAACACACUCCAACUCAAGAGCUGUUCAUUCAGACUAAAAAUCCGGGAGUCUCCAGUGGAAAUAUUCACUCAUACCCAGAAUGGAUAAUAAUAAAAUGCAGUGACAAUAUUCUGUAAAUAUUACACAGCAUUCAACGAACGUCUACUUCUGUUUGCCAGAAUAAAAGCACAGCUGAAGACCACUGAUUAAAAAUCUGUGCAUAUAUACUGCAUAAAACCCUUAAAUGUGUAUCUGCAGAACAAAUCUGAGUCAAACCCUUUCCCAGUGAAGAUCCAGCGUGUCUCAGUGUCCUCUUUUUCCAACCAACUAUUUUCCAUCUCCUUAUUUUUAACUGCUCCAAAAGCAUUUGGCGAUGACACUUAUACACAAUGUGUGUUCCCUUUCCUCAGUAAGCUUUCCGGCAUAAAUGCAUCCUUCAGCUAUUUUGUAGAGUAAUAUUUAAUUUUGUACUUUGUCAGAAUUAUAUAUAAGAAUAUGACAUAAUAUAGAGUUAUUUUAUUAAUGGGGUCCUCUUCAUCCUCUCACUCAAGCCUCAACUACUAACUACAUUUGGACUCUAGUUUUCUUUACCAGAGCUGCUUUUUGAUUUUCAGUAUACCCUUAAGAUAUAAAAUCUUGAUCCAACAGAAAGGGACACGACAUCAACAUGAUCUCAGAUAAUACUGUUUAUACCCUGCCUCUCUUGAAUGCUUGAAUCUGAUUGGUUAGAAAGUGUGGAUUCAUUUUCUGUAACAGCAGCAAGACAAAUCACAGGUUUAUAUUAAUUCAAAUAAAGUGUUUUCUUUUCUGUAGUAACAAGUUCACAGGAACUUGUGUGAUGGACAUUCCACAUAAAUUACAGCUAAUUAAUAACAAAGAAAGAAAGAAAGAUAGAACAGUGAAAAGCAUCUAAUAUUUAUGUUGUGAAGUUUAUAUGACAUUUUUUGGAAGGAGUCUCCAGUGUCAGCGCUUUGUGCAGUAAGUUUUCUGCCAUGGGAAAAACCUUCAGGGGAGAGAACUAUGUGCUUUCACCCAAUGCAAAAAAAAAAAACAUGUUUCAACAAACUAAAUAAAACUAUAAACUAGAAAUAGGCUAAAAAGUAUGAUGGUACCUUCAUUAAGAAAUUAAAAUGAAUAAUAAUUGAGAAAUUGCUGUGGUAAAAGAGCAGCUGUUAUAGGGAAUUCCUCAACAUCAGGAUAAUAACAUUAACUCCAUUUCACAUUGCGCCACAUCCGCAUCACCCUGUAAACGAUUCAUUUCCUUUAACUGCACACUGCGGGGGGGUUUUAUUCCUUGGUUAAUGAAAACAUGUAUAAUUGAUUGUGUGUCAGCUGACGCAUGUUUACGCGGUGAUUUCUUUUUCUUAAUGGGAAAUAAUCUUGUGUUAUCGAGAUUCAUGUUUAUUUCAGAAGGUAAAACAUUAGCUAAUCACUGAAACGUAACUGAAACACCAUUCAUGUGUAUUUGCUCUUGCUGUAAAUUUGAACUGACAGCCGAUCUGUAUUCCACCUGCACUGUAUUAUUGUGAAGAACUGAACACGCAACUGAGAGAUGUAGUGUAGUUUUUCACUGGGAAAAUAAAACAAAACAUUUUUUCUUCUA